GAGUCUCCCUCCCUGCCUCCUCCCUCCCUCUCGGUCUCUGGGUCUCUCCCAAGUCGAAAACCCGCACUUCUCGCCCAGGUGUGACAUUUUUGGAGUGCCUCGCUGGAACCGCAACCCGCCGAGAAGAUGACGGACUCCACACCGCCAGGCUCCACCGCCGUCCCGGACCCGGCUGUGGUAGUGGACCCUCCGGUGGUGAACGGCCAGUGCGAGCAGGCGGACUCCCAGCAGCAGCAGCAGCAGCAGCCCGGCACAGAAAGUCAGGGAGAGGGUUUCAAGAUGGACCAGGAGAUGAAGAUAACUGACAGCAUAGAGGACCGAGGUCUUCUGGAAAGCAGCAUGCGCCUGAAGCCUCACGAAGCACAGAGUUAUCGCAAGAAAGCUCUGUGGGUGUCCUGGGUGUCCAUAGCGGUCACCAUCGUCCUGGCCAUCGCCGCUUUCACUGUUUCCAUUAUGCGCCACAGCGCCUCAGCUUUUGGAUUUGCUUUCGAUGCCACGCUGGAUGUGCUGUCCUCUGUCAUCGUGCUGUGGCGGUACAGCAACGCUGCAGCUGUCCACUCAGCCCACCGCGAAUACAUAGCCUGUGUUAUCCUGGGGGUGAUUUUCAUCCUGUCCUCCCUGUGCAUUCUGGGUAAGGCCAUCCACGACCUGGCCACCAAGCUGCUCCCCGAAGUGGACGGGUUCCUGUUCAGCGUGUCCAUCGUCAGCGGCUUGGUGUGCAUCAUCCUGGCUGUGAUCAAGUUCAUGCUCGGCAAAGUGCUCACGAGCCGAGCCCUCAUCACUGAUGGAUUCAACUCCCUGGUGGGGGGAAUCAUGGGGUUCUCCAUCCUCAUCAGCGCAGAAGUGUUCAAGCAUGAACCCAAGGUGUGGUACCUGGACGGGACAAUAGGCGUCCUCAUAGGUCUCAUCAUCCUCGCUUAUGGAGUCAAGCUGCUGCUGGACAUGGUCCCACGGGUCCGUCAGACCAGGAACUACGAGCGCUUUGAGUGACGGAGCACGAAGGAAAGGCGGGGACGGUUUGGGAGGGACGGACGGGGGCUGACUGACGGGAGAGGGACGGAAGUUACAGUC